AACACAUCUCUUAUCUGUCAUGUUCCCGACACAAUGGAGGCGGUGGAGUCGGAGGACGUUUCGCUGAGGACCCAAUUCACCGUUGACGAUCUAGACGUGGAAAUAUUGCCGCUCAUUUACGAGAUUAUUCGCAGCGUCGAGAAAGAUCCGCAUGACACUACGCAAAAGGCAAAGGAGUCGCAGGACACCAGCCACAAGAUCUUGGAAUUACAGAAGAAGCUAGACUCCGCAAGGUCGCAGAUCAAGAGAUUACCUGGGAUAGAAUAUAGCAAGGAAGAACAGCUGCAAAAGCUCGAGACUUUGCGCAAGCAAUUAAGACUGAAGCGUGAACUUCUAUUGAAAUAUCGUAACACGUGCACGUUCGAGAUACCGAAAGUAUAAAGCGCGCAUGUGUUUGCGAGGAUAUAUAGAAAAAUAAUUUUCGAGGAUGCCUCUAAGAGCUCUCUUCCGGUACCUAUUAAAUAAUGAAAACUUAAUUAA